UUUCUCUAUGUAUUAUUAAUGGACAUCAAAAUAUCAGAUUUAAUAUUUUCGAAAUGAAAUCAGAAUCAUUACUCACUGAAACGUAUGGCACUAAAGUUAUUCGAUAUCAGCAAAAAAAUCCAUUGAGAAUAGAACGAAUAGAAUCAAAACCUAAUAUUGGAAAAAAUCUCUGGUUGACUGUAGCUGGCUUUUUCAAAGAAAUUCUUCUCCCUUACGGUUAUCCUGAUAGUGUCAGUACCGAUUAUUUUGAAUAUCAAUUAUGGGAUACUUUGCAAGCAUUUUGCAGUACAAUUGUUGGGAGCUUUACAACUCGAGCUAUUCUGAAAGGAGUAGGUGUAGGUGAUGCCGAAGCGUCAGCUUUGUCAGCAACAAUAACUUGGAUUAUGAAGGAUGGUUCUGGCAUGAUUGGUAGAAUUUUUUUUGCUUGGUGGAAAGGGAAUAUGCUAGAUUGUAAUUGCAAAAAGUGGAGAUUGUUUGCUGAUGGUUUGAAUAAUAUUGCUAUGCUCAUUGAAAUAGGAAUUCCAUUCUAUUCUGGUCGAAGUAUGGAAAUAUUAUGUUUAACAUCUAUGAUGAAAUCCAUAGUUGGAAUAGCAGGUGGGGCGACUAGAGCAUCUAUAACUAAUCAUCAAGCCAAGCAAGGCAAUAUGGCAGAAAUUUCAGCAAAAGAUGGGACUCAGGAAACAGUAGUUAAUCUUUUUGCGAGUUUUACUAGUUUAUAUUUACUGAGUAAAAUAUCAAACCCUUUGUAUGAAUUGCCAUUUAUAUUUCUCUUGAUGAUUCUACAUUUUUACUUCAAUUUCAAAGCUGUUAAGUGUUUGACAUUUGAUACAUUGAAUGAUUCCAGAAUAGUUUUAGUACUGAGAGAAUACUUCAAAAAUAAUAGCUUGAAUCCUUCAUUUAUAAAUAGUAAAGAAUCGGUUAUUCUUGGCUUUGGUUUGAAAGUUUCAGAUAUUUGUAAUUUCAAAAUAAAGCUUGGUAGUUCUUUAAGAAGGAUUGUAAAGUUAUUCAAUUUCCAAGAAAUGGAACAAGUGCUACAGUUAUAUAAGGACAAGCCUUACUUAGUUAUUUCUGAUGUUGAAAGAAAAUGCAUAUAUGUUGCAUUAGAAAAAAAAUGUGAGCCUCUUGAAAUCCUCAGAAGUUAUGUACAUGCUGUGAUGUUAGCUGUGGCUACAUGCUUUUAUAACAACAUACCACUAAAAGUGCAAGUGAUACGAAAAAGGAAUUACACAAAUUUUGUGGCUAGGCUGGAAACUUUCAUGAAAUCCAUUAAUAAAAACACUGAACAUUAUAAGAACAUGACACCCAGUGAAUUGAAGCUCUUCAAUGAAUUUGUCCAAGCUGAAAUCACCAUGUUUUUUGUAACCUUGAAUGUAAAUGAAUGGAACAGUAAUUUUCAUUCUUUGUGCAUGGAACAAUGGAAGACAAAUUGGAAACAUGGUUCUAAAAAAAAUGAGUAACUAAUCAACUUGUUUGAUAAUGGGAUCAUUUUAAUAAAAGUAACUUUGUUUUACAAAA